AUGUGGAAGGAACGUUGAACGCUUGAGUGAAUUGUAUCAGGACGCUGUGUUAUCGCAGCUCAUCUUCCCUCUAUCGUGGUGCGGGGCCAUUGCUGGCCGGUUUGCAUCAUCGGAGUUGCCACUGUCUUCUCUUUUGCCCCCAGUUACCCCCGAGAUCUUCACAAUACUGAAAUCCGUCAUGACAUCCCUGAACACCAGUCAGUCCUCCAGCGGGCAGUCUGUCACUGAAUAUGUGGUACGGGUUCCCAGGAAUCCCAGUAAGAGAUACAAUCUCAUGGCUUUCAACGCUGCAGAUAAAGUGGAUUUCUCCACGUGGAAUCAGGCUCGCAUGGAAAGAGACUUGAGCGCUAAGAAGAUGUAUCAGGAAGAGGAGCUUCCAGACUCUGGAGCAGGGAGUGAAUUCAACCGUAAACAGAGAGAGGAGUCCCGGAGGAAGAAAUACGGUAUUAUCCUAAAAGAAUUCAAGACCGAGGACCAGCCGUGGGUUCUGCGGGUGAACGGCAAAGCAGGACGCAGGUACAAAGGGGUGAAAAAAGGUGGGGUGACGGAGAACGCUUCCUACUACAUUUUCACUCAGUGCCCUGAUGGAGCCUUUGAAGCCUUUCCUGUCUCAAACUGGUACAACUUCACUCCAUUGGCCAAACAUCGUACCCUGACUGCAGAGGAGGCCGAACAGGAGUGGGAAAGACGUAACAAAAUCCUCAAUCACUUCAGCAUCAUGCAACAGCGUCGUCUGAAAGACCAAGGGGGAGAAGAUGAUGAGGAGGAAGGUGCAGCAAAGCAAGAUAAGGGCGGAAAGAACAAGAAAAAAAAGAAAAAGAAUGACUUAAAAAUUCACGAUUUAGAUGAUGAACCAGACAGUUCCAGUGAGAGUGAGGAGAGUGGGGAAGAAGGAGAGCGUCGGGCGAAGCCCCAGAAAAAGCCUGCUGCUCAGAGCAAGAAGAAGAAGAAGCGAGAAUCUGAUAACGAGGCUCUCGAGGACAGUGAUGAUGGCGACUUCGAGGGACAGGAAGUGGAUUACAUGUCUGAUGAAAGCAGUUCAGAUGAUGAACUUCCUGGAAAACCCAAGCCUACCAAGGAGGAAGAUGUGCCUAAAGGAAUCGAUGAGGACAGUGAGAGCAGUGAGGAGAGUGAAGAAGAAAAAGCAGAAGAGGAGGAAGAGGAAGAGAAGAAAGCCCCCACCCCUCAAGAAAAGAAAAAAAAGAGAGACAGCAGCGAUGAGUCUGACACAUCGGAGGAUAGCGAUAUAGAUGGAGAAGCAUCAUCUGCCCUCUUUAUGCAGAAAAAGAAGACCCCUCCAAAGAAAGAUAAAAAAGGAGGCUCCAAUAACAGCUCUCGUGGCAACAGCCGACCGGGGACGCCAUCUCCUGACUCAGGAAACACAUCGAACACCUUACGAGCAGCAGCCAAUAAAUUGGAACAAGGCAAACGAGGAGCUGCUUCUCACACUCCAGCCGCAAAACGUCUGAAAAUGGAUUCCGCCCCGCAAAACGCGUCUGGCAAAUCCACUCCCCAACCUCAGUCUGGAAAAUCCACUCCCAGCAGCGGGGAUAUCCAGUUGACGGAGGACGCCGUGCGCCGGUACCUAACCCGUAAACCGAUGACGACGAAAGACCUUCUGAAAAAGUUCCAGACUAAGAAAACGGGUUUGAGCAGCGAGCAGACGGUGAACGUUCUUGCGCAGAUCCUUAAGAGACUGAACCCCGAUCGCAAGAUUGUACACGACAAAAUGCACUUCUACCUCAAGGAGUGACCCGAUACGCAGCACAGAGACUUUAUCCCGGGAGAAUUUACUUUGUAACCCUGGGAUGGGUUUUUAUUGUCCGACCCGUUGACCCCGUGUGUAUAGUGAUAUUUUGUAUGCAGUUGAAAGUGGGGAAUGGUACCGGUGUAGCCGUGUACGUUUUCGGGGUGCGAGUGGUGUGGGCAGAGCCUGAAUUGAUGCAAUUCUGUUUUUUUUUUGUACUGGUUACAACAUAAGUUCUAUUAAAAAUGGGGGGGAAACUGAAUAUUUUUGUGUUUCUGCGAACGGGGGGAGAGCCCCCCCCCCACCUGGCAGCUGAAUCCAGUGCGGACAUUUGGCUGAUGCGUUUGUCUGAAUAUUUCACAUAUCUGAACAAUAGCCCAAAGAAGCAGCGCAUUCUAACAAAGAACAUCCAGAGGUGGGAGCCGGCAGUCGGAGCCAUUCACAGCUCCGCUCCCCAUCUCAUACGGCUUACGUCGGAGCUUUGCUGAACUGGAACCACCUCUAUUGUGCCAACGUGCGGUAGUUUGCACGGCUGCCAGAGCAUUCCUGAUGAUUUGCAUAAUUCAUAAAAAUGUAUUUUAAGACUUUUUAAAGUGUUUUCAUUUUAGUGCCCCCCCCUUCUCCUUAAACUGGCUGUAUUGAUUUUCCCAAAAUAUGGGGUUCUAUGGUUUAACGCACUAAAUACAGCUAUUUAGUGGCGCUUCUGGGUGGAAAUAAACAAUACCGGUAUAUAUUAGAAA